AUGCAACGAAGUCCUGCUGAAGGUUACCAACAAGCCUCGCUUUCCGAGCAAAAAGUGGACGGUGAAGACUUCAUCCAAACAGAUGUCUGCCCCAAAGCUGGAGAUGUCAUCUUGGAUUUAGGCUGCGGUACAGGAGAACUGUCUGCACACCUAGCUGAGUUGGUAGGACCCGAAGGAAUGGUUACUGGUGUAGAUCCUGACAAGGAACGAAUUCAACUGGCCAAAGAAACGCACAGUCAAAUUGAGAAUCUCUCGUUUGUAGAAGGGAGUGCCAUAAACUUCCCAGGAAUUGGGGCUAAAGUCUACGACAUCAUUUUCAGUAAUUACGCUCUUCAUUGGAUGACUAACAAGCAACAAGUCUUCAAAAACAUGUUUGACAGUCUGAAGGUUGGUGGAAAAGUAGCAGUUCAAUACAUGUCCUAUCUACCCUUGUUUGAUUACAACGCUUACGUGCUACUGAAUCCCGAAAACGCAGAGCGUAUUUUUCGUUUGUUUCAUUUUGAGUCAAAGACGAAGAUGGAACGCUAUUGUUUAUCGGCGGGAUUUGAUGAAAUCAUUCGGAGUUUUGACACCCACUGCAAGGGGCUUGUGUUUGAAACCGUUCAGGAGUUUCUCGAAUGGCAAUGGUCGACUACAUGUGGCCUGUUUGAUCCUUCCCUUGUCACGGAAGGGCGAUUGAAGAAGUACCUGGCUCCCUACACUGAUGAAGACGGAAAGCUCUCUCUCGACUUUCGAGGAACGAAACAUGAAAAGGUUACUGUUUGCCGACUGUUAGCCGUUAAGAAAGACAAAGAACAUUUAUAAAGAACCCUCUUUUACAUAAACUUACAGUGUAUGACUGUUACAUUUCUUUUUGUUUCACCUAAUUCAUUGUAGGUGCAGUGUAAGGCUAUCUUUUUGAACAAAGUGUCUCACUGCAGCGUAGACUCUGACUUUUAGUUGAAAAACACGAACUUUAUGCCGUAAUACAUUGAAUGAAUGUGAAUUAAAAUUAAAGAACAAGUAUCUUUCACUAACAAGAAAGUACAUCUCUUACGGUCUUGGUCAAAACAAAUUAUGUGUUGAGUUUCUUAGAUUAUAGGAAUACAUAGCCAGCUAGUUUGUACUAUUAAAAAUUUGAGCCAAAUGAUCUGGUACAAAGUAAUUUUUCAAUGUAUACAUUAUUGUGGCUAAUUGCCUUGUCCUUCGUGUCUCAAGAUUAUCCCACCCAAUUUCAUCCAGUAUCUCAACUGAUCGUCUAUCGCAACUAGAGAAGGUUAUUAUCACCCUGGCAGCUCUGUUUUCUCCACAGCUCCUCCACAUUAUACUACAAUACCGUAAAAUGCCGAAAAUAAGCCCGUCUAUAUAUAAGCUCCUCCAAAUAUAAGCCCCCCAAAUCGCUAACGCAAAAAACCCUCCGUUAAAUCGCCCCUCCAAAAUAUAAGCCCCCGGGGACUUGUACUUGCAAAAUUGCCCUCAACUAGAAAGUAAAACAAAGCAAAAACGGUAAAUUUACUUCCAACUGUAAGGCUAGCCCAAUCGAUUUCUAAACGCAAAUUUCCCACCGUAGAUAUGCCCCUCCGAAUAUGGCCCUCAAAAAAUAAGCCCCUCAAAAAGGGUCUUUGAAAAAUAUAAGCCCCGGGGCUUAUUUUCGGAAUUUUACAGUAAUUAAAUUACGAGACUUGCUGAACCAUCAGCUGCACUUCCUUGUACUUCUUUUACGAGUUCACUAAUCUUUUAGAGAUCAAAUGCACAAAAGGUACUAAAUUCGAUACUAAAUUAAGCUGUCAGAGUAUCAGUUGACGUGCGUUCUACGUGACUCAGUCCGUAGGGUAGUGUUAUAUUUUGGACGUAUCAUAAGUACACAUUUAUUGUAAGUCUUGCACAUUGAGUAAAUGCCAAAACAAUAUAAUGUUCUCCUUUUUUCAUUGCCUUUCAGUUCUGUCAUUUCAAAAAAACAGAAAUUUGCGUCUUAAGGCAAUCCCUAGUUAAGGGAUUUGGAAGUGUAUUUGCACGGUAUGACCAAAGAGGCAUAAGCUACCUAUUGUUACACUAAAUUACAGGUACAAAAUUAGGCACAAUAUGACAAUGUUGAGGGGGGGGGGGGGGGUGAAAUGAAACGUAGUUCAUAAUAAUAAACUGCAGUAAUAGUACACAACAACAGAGUGUUUAUAUUCAUGAUUCUAAAGUCGUGUAUUAAGGUUAAAGACAGAUUUCUUCCAUGUCGACCUAGACGUAAACAGUUUCCGAUUACAAUAUCUCACGUGUAAUUAUCACGUAACUUUUUUCUGGGUCAAGUAAGUUGUAUUUUUAGUUCAAAAACUUAACCUACGUGGCAGGUGAUCGAAGGGGAAGGGGAUAUUUUGGGCGCGAUCGAGAAAAACGAGUCACCUAAAAUAGAAUUUGGAUACAAUGAUGCACAUAGGACUUAGUCAUAUGGCAUAUGCUCUACUAGAUUUUACUCACUAAAAUAAGAAGGGUUUUCAAACUUUUGUGCAACUUCAUCGAGUCUAUCUCUAAAAGACGUCUCGUCGACUCUUAAAAGAAAUGCAACGAAGUCCUGCUGAAGGUUACCAACAAGCCUCGCUUUCCGGGCAAAAAGUGGACGGUGAAGACUUCAUCCAGACAGAUGUCUACCCCAAAGCUGGAGAUGUUAUCUUGGAUUUAGGCUGCGGUACAGGAGAACUGUCUGCAUACCUAGCUCAGUUGGUAGGACCCGAAGGAAAGGUUACUGGUGUCGAUCCUGACAAGGAACGAAUUCAACUGGCCAAAGAAGCGCACAGUCAAAUCGAGAAUCUCUCGUUUGUAGAGGGGAGUGCUAUAAACUUCCCAGGAAUUGGUGCUGAAGUCUACGACAUCAUUUUCAGUAAUUACGCUCUUCAUUGGAUGACUAACAAGCAACAAGUCUUCAAAAACAUGUUUGACAGUCUGAAGGUUGGUGGAAAAGUAGCAGUUCAAUACAUGUCCUAUCUACCCUUGUUUGAUUACAACGCUUACGUGCUACUGAAUCCGGAGAACGCAGAGCGUAUUUUUCGUUUGUUUCAUUUUGAGUCAAAGACGAAGAUGGAAUGCUAUUGUUUAUCGGCGGGAUUUGAUGAAAUCAUUCGGAGUUUUGACACCCACUGCAAGGGGCUUGUGUUUGAAACCGUUCAGGAGUUUCUCGAAUGGCAAUGGUCGACUACAUGUGGCCUGUUUGAUCCUUCCCUUGCCACUGAAGAGCGAUUGAAGAAGUACCUGGGUCCCUACACUGAUGAAGACGGAAAGCUCUCUCUCGACUUUCGAGGAACGAAACAUGAAAAGGUUACUGUUUGCCGACUGUUAGCCGUUAAGAAAGACAAAGAACAUUUAUAA